AUGAGCAACUAUCCUCCUAAUUGGCCUCACAGCGGAUACGGUGUCCCUAACAACGCUCGCUCUGAUCCCAAUGGACCACCAGAUCCAUAUAGGUUCAAUACGACAGGCACCCGUCAACAAGGCCAAUCAUAUGAUCUAAUUCCCAGUGGACAGCAACAAUACUACUCUGUCGACCAAAGUCCUGCAUAUCUACCGAACCAGGCUUACAACCAGCAGCCUCCAUCAUCGACAACUUCGUGGCCUCAAGCGCAUGGAUAUCAGCAAUAUAACGAAACGCAGUCCUCCAUCCCUGUUACUCCGAUGCUCAAUUCAGAUCAGAGUUCAGACUACCGUCGCCCUUCGGUCUCUCACUCGGAUGCCUACGAUUACCAGCGAGCGCAAUCCUUCACUGGGGAAUACUCGGGACACAAUCAGUCCAAUGUGUCCGCGCCGCGAAUAUACACGGCACCUUAUCCGAAUCAACUCCGAUACAAGGCAUACACCCUCGUUCGCAAGACACUCGAAGCGCUGUCAGCAAUAGCGAUCUUCAAGGCUAUCCGGCUGGAUAUCAGCAGCAACAUCCAGGUGAAAGAUUUUCUCAACCUCAUUUCGGCUCUACCCGCAUACAGCAAUUCUUCUACGCAGGGUACUCGAUACUACGACAAUUCUCAGUGGAAUUAUGGUCGACCCAAGCCUCCAGUUUCUGGUCCCAAGCCUCCGGUCACUACUUCUAAGCCUUCGAGUCCCGAGGUUUCAUUCACGGCCCCUAUGAUUCCGAACAUCGGUCCAGGUGUAACGGGUGCUCAUUACUACGACAAUACAUUACAGAUGCACCAUGGUCUACCCACGUCUUCGGCCACUAGUCUUAAGCCUUCGGUCACUAGUCUCAAGGCUCCAAUCAUAACUCCUGCGCUUCCGACCACUAAUCCAGUUCGUCCUGAUGGUGGUGGUUCGCCAAAGUGUCGCAAGCCUGAUUGUAGCUCCUUGGCAGCCUUUGAUUUUGCUACGGGUGAGCAAGUGAAGACAUGA